GACGUCUGGGCGACUCAUCAGGCAAUUCAAAGGGAAAUGGCGGCAGUGUUUGAUCUGAAAAUAUUAUUUCUUAGCAUUCAUUAGUUCUAGUAUGUAUUCAAGGAUUUGUGAUUGAAACGCAAUGGUCUUUUGUGAUUAAAAAAUGAGCAAUUUGUCAAUUGAACGUCAUUUGGCCUACCGACGGUCGACGUCAUCUCUAGUCAGUCUGACACGGAAAUUUGUAACUUUACUGCGAAAUGCAAAAUACGGAGUUUUAGAUCUUAAAUACGCAGCACAAUUACUGGGAGUUCAGAAAAGACGUAUUUACGACAUCACAAAUGUUUUAGAAGGAAUCGGUCUGAUCUCGAAACAAAGUCACAGUAGCUGCGUGAAAUGGAGUGGCCAGGAGGAAUCACAAUAUGAAGAUGAAGACCAUUUAGCAACAGUUCUGGACAAGGUAGAGAAAAAACGACUGCAGCUUAAAAUGGAAGAGGAAGAAUUAGACCGACAUAUAAAGUACAUCAUCCAUGACCAGCAAAAUGUGAGGGCUUCGCCUGUUAAUCAAUCUUUCGCAUAUGUCACAAGGGACGAUUUAGUAGAGGCAUUUGGUGAUACAGUUAUUUUAACAGUUCAAAACUACGAUAAAUAUGAAACACCAUUAUUGCAAAUAAAUGAUAGCAUAAUUGCAAACCGCUUCUUGUGCAUUACCGCUGAGACUGGUAGUAUGGUAGAUGUAAGAUUAGUAACUAAUGACGGUGAUAGUUCGGUUCCAAAGGAAGAAGUCGAGAAGAUUAAGUCGCAGAAUCAAAGUCGAGACGGCGCAAUUGAACAGGAGAAAAGCUCUAGUGAAUCAGAUGAAGAAGAAAGACCGCGUUCCCGAAAGCGACAAACGAGUAGAAGUUUGGCGGCACGGCGGGCGAAAAUGAAAAAGAUUGCGGAGGAAAAGGAACAAAUAGAGCGAAAUUUAACUGCUAAAAUCUUGCUACGAAAUGACAAAUCAGAUCAUUCACUUCGUAGAUAUUUCCCGAAUGACGACACGUCCGAAACUAACUCUCCUUUGGUUCAAAUAAAUCCCCCUACACGCGACUUCCUAUUCGUUUUGAACAAAGAUGAGGGGGUAUCUGAUCUUUUCGACUUUUGUAGCUAGUGAAGUAGUUCGAUGUUUAGAGCAUAACAAAUAUUUAUAUAUGAUAGGCAUCAAUAGGAGUAAAUGUACAGUAAAUUUAAAGAACAGAUAUUUAAUUUGGAGAUGUUUAAUCAAUAUUGUAUAUAUUAAGGGAAUAUGACCACGUCUUUUUAAAUAAAACUCAAGGUUGUUAAAAAUA